CUAAAUUUUAAUAGAUUUAGAAUAAGAGUAUACCAAAAAUUUAUCUUAAUAAACUUAAAGUUAACUUGAUAACUUCAAUUAUUUUUAAAAUCGAAUGUCUGAAAAACGACAAAACAUACAUAUUUAAUAGAAUAUUUAUACUAAUAAGGAUAUAGUAUAAAAGGAGAAAACUAAAGAAGUAAUGAUUGAAGAUAAUGAUUUUUUUAUAUAACCUAAAGAUUUAAAUUAUAACGUUCAAUCUCUUAUUUAGAAUGCUGGAUGCGCUUAAGUGAAUAGUAUUCCUAAUUAAUUAGAUUUUUAAAUUGAUGAUAAAGUAUAAAAUAAUUAUGAAAAAAAGGUAAAUUCAUAAUCUGAUUUUAAGAUAGAAAAAAAUUAAAAGCAAUAAUUUAUUUUUGUGGAUGAAGAUAAUGAAUAUACAGAAUUAUAAACAAACAAUAAUAGUAGUCAUCUACUAGAAAAUUAAUCUUAAUUGAUUUAAAGCUAAAAAAGAUUUCAAAGCAUUAAAAAAGAUUUUGGAAUUUAAUUAAAUAACUAAUUUCUUGAUUAGACUUCAGAUUGUAUUGAAAUAUAAGGAAUGGAAUUUAAUGUGGAUAAAAGAGCUAAUUAAAAUAAAAAAAAUUAUUUAAAUUAAUAAAUUUAAUCAAGAAAAGAAUUUAUCAUUAUUAAAGAUGAUGAAAAUAUAUAUGAUGAUUAUAAGAAAUAAAAAUAUUUAAUAUAAUCCUAAAGUAACUAAAUUUAUAAUCAAUAAUAAUAAAGAUCAACUUUUGUAAAUGAAAAAUAAAUCUAAAAUUAAUAUAAACAAAAUUCACAUAAUUUCUUUAAUACAUUUAACUAAGCUUAAAAUGUUUAGUAACAGAAUUAAUAACAUUAAAAUAAUUAAUUAAGUGUUUAAAUUAAAUAUUAUGUGAUAUGGGAGAAUAAAUGUAUUGUGAUAGACGAUAAUUUCAAUUAUGAAAAUGCAGAAAAAGACUAAAAUAAUAAUUAAGUUUAAAUUGAAGUUUACUAAGAUUAAAAAGAAAGUAACAUUAAUUAAACUUUAUUUAUUAAUAAUUUAUAGAAAACAAAUAAUUCUUAAUAGCCUUGUAUUAAUUAACAGAAUUUUAAAAUCCUAACUCAGAAUAACUAAACUAGCAAUAAAUCAUAAAAUAAUCAAAUACAAAUAAUAAAUUUAAAUAAAUAAAACCAUAAAUUAUAAAAUGGGUAAUUUACUAUUAAUGAAAAUAAUUAAAGCUAAAACUAGUAUUUUAUUAAUAAUUAAUUGGAAAAUCCUGAUCAAAAAAGUAUUAAGAAAAAUAAUCAUUAUAUAAUGAUUGAUGAUAAUUGUGAUGAAGAAAAUAUAGAAUUAGAAAAAGAACUCUAAUUCAUCAUCUAAAAAGAAGUAAACUAAAAAUAGCAUUAUUUAGUUAAAAACAAAAUUGAUCAGGCUUUAAAAAAUACUAUUGAUUCUGAAAAACCGUAUUUAAGUUUAAAAAUAACAAAUGAUGUUAUCAUUCAAAAUAAAAUGAAUAAUUUAUCAAAUAACAUGGAGUAACAUUUUAUGGCUAAUAAAGCAAAUCUAAAAAGAAAAUAAACUAACAUAUUUUCAAAUUAAGAUAGUUUAUCGAGUGAAUAUUCCUUAGAAAGCUUGAUUUAAAAUGAAGAAAUUUUGAAAGAAUAUGAGAGUAAAAAAAGAUAAAAAACAAAUGCAAAAGAAUAAAUUAAACAAAAAUAAUAUCUUCAUUAAGAAUGCAUAAAAGAGAAAGAACCAUUUUAAAUAAAUUAAUUUAGUUUUUCACCCAAAAAAAAAACUUAUGUGUUUUAGGAAAAAUGCCACUCUUUUUCUUAAGAGAAUAGAGAAUACUUUUAGUAAUCUGAAUACAUUUAAACAUAGACUUUAGGAAUAAAAAUUCAUGCAGGUAUUCGAUAAUAUUUAGAAUCUAAAAAAUAAGAUAAGCUUUAACUUCUUUUGAAAGGUGAGGAUGUUGAUUUAAUAAUAAAUUAAGUUGAUAACACUACUAAAUACUUGAAUUUUAGAGGUAUGAAGAAUUUUAGAGCUGAAAUAAAAAUUUAUUACAAUGAUUCAUAUAAGAUUAUGGAUUAUAUUGCUUAUAAUAAUGAAUAGAAAGAAUGUAUAAUUGUUGACUGGAAGUUUUCUGACUUAGAAGUAAGAACUUUGAUUAAAAAAAAUGAAAAACAUUUUUAAGAAUAAAUAAUCUUUACUUAAAAUUACUUUAAAAAUCAAUUUCAAGUAACCUUACUAAUCAUACCUCUUAAACAUAUUCAUAAUUUAAAAUUUAAGGAGUAUACUAUUCACGAUUUCCCUAUUUCUUGAUUUUUUUAUUCUCAAAAUUAGCUUUUUAGCAAUAUCCCAUCAUAUUUUAGUAUUCUUCUCUCCUUUAUAAUUUAAAAUUACUUUAUAGAAGCUAAAAUCUGGUGAAAGCAGUAUAUAAGGAUCAAUAAAUUAAGUAAAUCUAUCA